AUGACAUCUACAAUGUCAAACUUCAUAUUUGCGCUGGCGAAAGAUGCAUCGACAAGCAUUCCCCUUACUUCUCGUGAAGCUGCGUCCGGUGUUCUAGGCUCGAUAUCUUUGACAUGCUGGGUUUUUCUUCUGGUCCCACAACUCAUCGAAAACUACCGAUAUGGCAGUGCUGAAGGCCUAUCAAUGGCAUUUCUAAUCGUAUGGUUCGUGGGCGACGCGGCAAAUCUCGUCGGCGGGCUAUGGGCACAACUCGUCCCCGUCGUACUAGCGAUCGCAAUCUACUUUUGUAUCGCUGACGGCGUCCUAAUCUCUCAAUGCCUAUACUACAACAUGCGCAACGCGCGCCGCGAACAGCGCCGAAACAGCGUUGAAUCCACACUUGAGAGUCCCACUCCCACCACACCAUUACUAGGCCGACGAUUCAGCGACGAGUUGAGUAUAACUGGUUCGCGACGGAGACGGUCAUCGGCAUCACAAAGGGAUCUUAUGCAGCGUCGAGCUAGUCAUCCGGAUAGCACAUUGGCCAAGAUUGUGGAGGAAAGCGAGUCUGGCGCAAAGGCUUGGUUCAAGAAUGUUUUGAGUGUUGUCGCUAUUGCGGUUAUUGGUGCGGUGGGCUGGGCAAUUGCGUGGCAGAUGGGACUUUGGCGGCCUGUUCCUGUAAGCCAUAAUGGUGAGGAUGGCCCGAUGGCGCCUGGUGCGCAGGUUUUAGGGUAUUUCAGUGCGAUCUGUUACCUUGGAGCUCGGUUACCUCAGAUCUACAAGAAUUAUUCGGAAAAGUCAUGCGAAGGUCUCUCAUUGCUCUUUUUCGUUCUGUCUCUUUUGGGCAACCUCACAUACGGAGCCGGAAUUAUCGCUCACUCCACAGAAAAAGAAUACAUUAUAAAAAACCUUCCCUGGCUAAUCGGAUCUUUGGGCACUAUGGUGGAAGACAUUGCUAUUUUCAUACAAUUCCGCAUCUACGCGCGACCAGCUCUUGACUCGUGA